AUGAGCCCAUCCGCAGAGUCAAAUGGCGUACUUGCGACAAGCGUUGCUGAAGUCAAACAGCGGUACAAGAAGGAACACGACAAGCGGCUGCGCAGUGACGGCCUCAGCCAAUUCACUGACUUGUACAGCGUUGCAAAAUUCCAUCACUUCAAGCAGGAUCCUUGGGCAGAUCAAUCAACAUAUGAUAAACUGCCACGCGCUACAAAUGGGGACAGUUGCGAUUUCGCAAUUGUUGGUACCGGAAUCGGCGCUCUACUCUUCGCAGCGAGACUGGUGGAGGCUGGGGUCAAGCCUGAGAAUCUUCAGUUCAUCGACACUGCAGCAGGCUGGGGUGGUACUUGGUACUGGAACCGCUAUCCUGGACUCAUGUGUGACGUUGAGAGUUACAUCUACAUGCCUCUACUUGAGGAGACAGGGUACAUGCCCAAGAACAAGUAUUCGACCGGGAAGGAGAUUCGGAUGCAUCUUGAGCGGAUAGCCGCGAAAUAUGGUUUGACAGACCGAAUUUGGUUUCGGACUCGAAUGGACGAAUGUAUCUGGGACGACGAUAAAAAAGAGUGGGUUAUGAAACUCGCUGAACUCGUGCACGGUGGCAAAGAGCAUGAAGCUGUUACUGUGACAUCCCGGUUCGUCAUCCUCACUACAGGCCUCAUGCUAGUUCCUCAAGUCCCUCGGAUCAAGGGGAUCGAAAAGUUCACAGGGGACUGCUUUCACCCUGCUCGUUGGGACUACAACGCCACCGGGGGGACCCCAGAUGAUCCCUCAAUGACACGACUGAGAGCCAAGAAGGUUGGACUCAUCGGUACCGGGGCUUCAGCCAUUCAGAUCUUGCCCGAGCUAGCGAAAUGGGCCAAGGAGGUCUAUGUCUUUCAGCGGACCCCGUCUGCUGUAGCCGUCAGAUAUAACCGCCAGACGGACGAAGACUUGUUCAAGAACGAGAUCGCUAACAAACCUGGCUGGUGGGAGGCGAGAUGUCUCAACUACUGUGCCCAUGUGAACAAUCAUAAUCCCAAACCGGCGCUCGACCUCGUCAACGAUAGCUGGACCAAUAUGCCAUCUUAUAGUGCGAUAUCAGGAUCACCCGGCUAUGAUCCAAAGACGCCACAAGAGAUACAGAAAUAUUACGCCUACUUGGAGGAGCUUGACCUCAAGAGACAAAGCAAAGUGCGAGGGCGUAUCGAUGAUCUGGUCAAGGACCCGGGGGUUGCAGCCAAGUUGAAGCCUUGGUACUCCGGUUGGUGCAAGAGACCGUGCUUCCACGACGAAUAUCUCGACGCAUUCAACAACCCCUCUGUACAUCUUGUUGAUACUGAUGGACGAGGCGUUCAGGAGAUCACGGAGAACGGGGUCGUUGUUGAAGGAGAACAUUUUGAUAUUGAUGUACUUGUCCUAAGCACAGGCUACAAGAGUCCGUUUCUCUACAGUCCACCAGGCAGGGUCGGGAUCAAGGUUCUUGGCCGCAACGGGACCGAUUUAGACGCAAAAUGGAGCUCUGGCGUGACAACGCUACAUGGCAUGAUGAGCCACGAUUUCCCAAACAUGUUCUGGCCAGGCUUCAUCCAAGGCGGUGGGAAUCCCAACUACACAUUCAUCGCCGAGCAAGCCGCCAAGCAGUUUGCUUACAUCGUGGCCACUGGCGCCAAGGAAACUCGGUCCAAGGCUUCCAGCGACAAACGCUAUGAGUACAACUUUACCAUCGAGGCAACCGAAGAUGCGGAGGAGAAAUGGGCGCAAAAGAUUGUAAGUCAGGCUCACAUGUUUGGGGCUUCGGCGGGUUGCACGCCCAGCUACAUCAACGCCGAGGGGGAGUUUGAGAAUGUCAGGGAUCCAGAGAAGCUUGCUCGAAUGGCUCGAACGUCGAUUUGGGGUAAAGGACAGGAGGACUACAAUAACAUUUUGAGGGCCUGGCGGGAUAAUGGUAGGCACGAAGGUGUCGAGAUCAAGUCGGUGUAG